UAUGGCCCGGGGGAACCUUCCACUUCCCCCAGCAACCACUCGCUCUCCGCUUUUGUCGAUUUGCACAGUGUCACGUUCACUUCACUCUGCUUCGCUUCCCACCGCUCGCUUCUCUCAUGCCCAGCAAAAUCUUCACACAUUUAUCCAAAAGGCUCAGCAGUAAAAGCACCAUUAAUGCAAUGCCCUCCCCUGAUCUUUCCACGUGAAUCAACCCACCACCAGUUCGCCCCCCCCCCCCCCCCCCCCCCCCCCUCGUAUCUAUCACCAUCAUCGCCAUGAACGAACCUCUUUAAGCUCUCACCGGUUGUCCUCUCUGCCACAAGAAGUUCCAGCGCCACACCCUUUGUCUUGUGAGGGGCGAACAUGGGGAAUUGGAAGCUCGGGGGUUGUUCUGCUCUGGUGCUCUGUUUCUUGCUCUGCUUCUCUGCAGCGGCCGCCGUCAAUGGAGACUACGAGGUCUUGCUGCGGGUCAAGGACUCGCAACUUGACGACCCAGAUGGAAUACUCAGCGACUGGGUCGCCAACUCCGAGCGGAGCGCCUGCAACUGGAUCGGCAUUUCCUGCGACCCCAAAAACGGCACCGUCGUCUCCAUCGACCUAUCGGGGUUCAACCUCGCCGGCGGGUUCCCUUCCGACUUCUGUCGGAUCCGUACCCUCCAGAACCUCUCCCUGGGGGACAAUUUUUUCGGUGGGACCCUCACCUCACCGUCUUUCGCCCUCUGCUCCCGACUUUCCCUGCUCAACCUAUCCAGCAACACCUUCGUUGGCAGCCUGCCGGACUUCUCGUCGGGGUUCACCGCCCUCGAGGUCCUCAACCUGUCUUUCAACAAUUUCUCCGGCGAGAUCCCGCCGAGCUUCGGCCGGCUGCCGUCGCUCAAGGUUCUGGCGCUGGUCGCCAACCUGCUUAACGGCUCCAUCCCUUCCUUCCUUUGCAACCUGACUGAGUUGACCCGAUUGGAACUCACUUGGAACCCGUUCCAGCAAGCUUCGCUGCCUGAAGAUAUCGGGAACCUCACGAAGCUCGAGAACCUGUGGAUCAUGGAAUCGUACCUGAUCGGAGAAAUCCCUGUCUCUAUAGGAAAUCUCACCUCUCUUACCAACAUGGAUUUAUCCAAUAAUGCAUUGACGGGCAGAAUUCCAGAUACGAUCGCGAACAUGAGAAGCUUACAGCAUAUUGAACUCUUUAACAAUCUUUUAUCCGGUGAGUUACCGGUGGGAAUAUCAAAGCUGAGUGCUCUUGUCGAAUUGGAUGUCUCUCAGAACAAUCUCACCGGAAACCUGCCGGAGAAGAUUGCUGCAAUGCCGCUUACUUCACUUAAUCUCAACGACAACUUCUUUAGCGGCGAAGUUCCUGUGGUGUUAGCUGCAAACCGGAACUUGCGCCAGCUGAAGCUCUUCAAUAACAGCUUUACGGGGAGCUUACCGAGUGAGCUGGGGAAGAACUCGGAGUUGGAAGAUUUUGAUGUUUCGACCAAUGGCUUCACUGGCCAGCUGCCUCAGUACCUCUGCCACCGAAACAAGCUCCAGCGUAUCGUGGUGUUCACUAACCUAUUCAAUGGAACCAUACCGGGUUCAUAUGGCGAUUGUGAUACGUUGAAUUACAUUCGGAUCGAAAACAACCAGUUCUCAGGCGAAGUUCCAAGCGGUUUCUGGUCUCUCAGCGGACUGAGCCACCUUCAUUUGCAGAAUAACCAAUUUGAAGGCACGGUUCCUCCUUCGAUCUCCUCUGCUGAGAGCAUGACCUCGCUCUUGAUCGCCGGCAACAGAUUCUCAGGCAACAUUCCUUCUGAGAUCUGCCAACUUCACGAGCUAACUGUCAUCAACUUGAGCAAGAAUAAAUUCACCGGCGAUGUGCCAAGCUGCAUUACGGGCUUGAAGAAGCUGCAGAAGCUUGAAAUGCAAGAGAAUCAGCUCACUGGGGAGAUCCCUGCUUCCGUCAAAUCAUGGACCGACUUGACCGAACUGAAUCUAUCGAACAACCAUCUUUAUGGAACAAUUCCACCAGAGCUCGGUGAUCUGCCUGUGUUGACAUACCUGGACCUUUCCAGGAACUUGCUCUCCGGCGAGAUUCCGAUGGAGUUGACCAAGCUGACACUUAACCAGUUCAACGUAUCGGACAACAGACUGGACGGUGAGGUCCCAUCGGGAUUCAAUCAUGGGUUGCUCAUCUCAAGCUUGAUGGGAAACCCAGGUUUAUGCAGCCCGAAUUUGAAACCGCUGCCGAGAUGCUCCAAACCCGGGAAGGCUAAGCUGUACAUUGUGGUGGCUCUUGCAAUCUGCGCUUUGGUGCUCUUGGUUUCGCUCAUUUGGUUCCUCAGGACUAAACUGCACGUAUGCAGAGGAAAGCGCAAGAAACUGUGGAAGAUAACCACGUUCCAGCGAGUCGGGCUCAGCCACAGUGAUCUGUUUGAUCACCUGACGGAGGCCAAUUUGAUCGGUUCAGGCGGUUCAGGGAGGGUCUACCGGGUUAGGCUGAAGUCAGGUCAGAUGGUGGCUGCAAAGAAGCUUUGGGGCAGGACCCAUAGCCCAGAGGCAGAGUCCGUGUUCAGGUCCGAGGUCGAGACGCUGAGCCGGGUCAGGCAUGGCAACAUUGUCAAGCUGAUGUUCAGCUGCAUCGGUGAGGAAUGCCGGGUCCUAGUGUACGAAUACAUGGAGAACGGGAGCCUGGGGGACCUCCUGCACGGGGAGAAGGGUGGUGAGCUCCUCGACUGGCCCCAAAGAUUCGCCAUCGCGCUCGGGGCAGCCCAGGGGCUGGCCUACCUGCACCAUGACUGUGUGCCGCCCAUUGUGCACCGGGACGUGAAGAGCAAUAACAUAUUGCUCGAUGUGGAGCUCCGACCGCAUGUAGCGGACUUCGGACUAGCCAAGACACUGCAGCAGGUGGCGGCGGAUGCGGCCACCGAAGGCCAAGAUGUGAUGUCCAAGGUGGCCGGGUCAUAUGGCUACAUCGCUCCGGAGUAUGCGUACACAUUGAAGGUAAACGAGAAGAGCGAUGUGUACAGCUUCGGCGUGGUGCUGCUGGAGCUGAUAACAGGCAAGUGGCCUAACGACCCUUCGUUCGGUGAGAACAAGGACAUUGUGAAGUGGGUUACGGAGACUGCCCUUUCUUCCCCCCAAGGUGGAGACGACGAGGCUGCAGGGAAUAAUUACUUCUGGGACAUGGACCAGCUUUUGGACCCGAGAAUGGACCCCUCAGCAGAUGACCUCGAAGAGAUUGAGAAGGUCCUCGAUGUAGCUCUAUCUUGCACCUCGGCAUCUCCCACCAAUAGGCCAUCCAUGAGACGGGUGGUCGAGUUGCUCAAGGUGCGGAAACCCACCAGCUCGAAAUGAAAUGUCGAUAUGCGCAGAAGUUUGGGAUGUAAUGGAUUAGCCGAAAUAGUUAGUAUGACAUUUUGGGCGACCCGCCUUGGUGUAUAUUGUUGUGGCUUUUGGCUUGGUGAUGGUUCAGCUUGAUUAUGAUAGUUAGUCGGCUAGGUUUUGUCCAUGUGAUCAGCCCAGAAAGAAAAUCUAUGAAGAAGUGAUGUUUUUCGGGCAUUUAGAUUUUUAUGUAGCGAAAGUUAAGGUGCUGUUUGGUUGGAGGAACCUUUCAAAUUCUCUGUUCUUCAAAAAGUAUUGAAAGCCCUGAAAGUAAACGUGUCUUUAUGAUUA